AGUUGACGUAACCGCACUGCAUUGUGGGCUUGGAGGCACCGGCUACAUGCUCGACGCUGCCCUUGUCUUACUGUUGUUUUGUAACAAGUGGAAAACAUGGUGCAAACGUGUUGUGUUAUCAACUGCCACAAUCGUUCACGCGAUCGCUUCGGGAAUAAAAAGGAUGGGGGGAGAUUUUUCUCAUUUCCGACGUGGAAGCAAAGCCAAGGAGCUGUGAUCUGUGAGCUAACAAAGAGACGCCGAAUGGCCUGGAUAGCAGCCGUGAGACGACCAAACAUCACUUUCAACGCCAUCACCCGACACAUGUUGGUGUGUUCACGGCAUUUUCACACUGGGAGACCUGCUAAUGAAAUGGAUGAAAGCCAUCCAGACUGGGCACCCUCAUUACAUCUCGGACACACGGAGGUGAAAGCUGCAGAUAACGAGAGACUACAGAUAACAUUGCACGAGGAGGAACUUUCUCCAACAAGACAGGAGAACGAGCGACUACGACAACAACUGGAAGAUGUUUGCAAGACUCAAGUUGUGCUACACGUUGAAGACAUCCAGCAGCUGAUUGGUGGUCAAGAAGAAUGUCCCCCUCAGCCACAGGGGGGAAGCUCCACUUUGGAGCAGCAGGAGCCACAGCCUGUUAAAGAGGAAGAAGAGGAGCCAGAGCCCACCUACGUUAAAGAGGAAGAGGAGGAGCCACAGCCCCCUCAUAUUAAAGAAGAAUGGGGGGAGCCACAGCCCCCCUGUAUUAAAGAGGAAUAUGAAGAACUCUUGAUCACUCAGGAGGGAGAGCAUCUUCUAGGAUCGGAGGAGGCUGGUUUUGUCAGGUUGCCACUGACUGGUGUCUCUGUGAAGACCGAAGACAAUGAAGACAAACCACAGCUUCAUCAUAGUCCAAGUGAGGAGAAGAGAGAGGCGGAGCCUUCAAGCAGCAGCUCAACACAACACAUGACAACAGAAGCUGAUGGAGACCACUGUGGAGGAUCACAAGCAGACAACCUCUUAGCUCCACUGUCAGAUAGUGACGACAUAAAUUCUCACUCUCCUGGAGACGAAGACAACGACUGCAUCCAAGAGUUUUUUAGCAGCGAUACAGACUGUGAAGGUGAUAUGACGACUCACACUGACAACCAAAACUCUGAAUGCUCUAAAAAGAAGACAGGUAAACAUUUUAACUGUUCAGUUUGUGAUAAAGGGUUUUCUUGUAAGAGUUACUUGAUUCGACACAUGAGAACACAUACAGGAGAAAAACUUUUUAGUUGCUCAGACUGCGGAAAAAGCUUCACUCGAAACUCAGACUUGAAAACACACAUGAGAAUACAUACGGGAGAAAAACCUUUUACUUGCUCAGACUGUGGUAAAGGUUUCACUCAAAAAGCAAGUAUGGUGGUACACAUGAGAACACACACAGGAGAAAAACCUUUUACUUGCCCAAACUGCAGUAAAAAUUUCACUCAAAAGAUACAAAUGUUAUCACAUAUGAAAACGCACACAGGAGAAAAACCUUUUACUUGCACACACUGCAGUAAAAGUUUCACUCAAAAGAUACAAAUGUUAUCGCAUAUGAAAACACACACAGGAGAAAAACCUUUUAUUUGCUCACAGUGUGGUAAAAGCUUCACUCACAAAGCAAAUUUGGUAUCACACAUGAGAACACACACAGGAGAAAAACCUUUUAGUUGCUCAGACUGUGGUAGAAGUUUCACCGAAAAGGCACAUAUGGUGAUACACAUGCGAACGCACACAGGAGAAAAACCUUUUAGUUGCUUAGACUGUGGUAAACGCUUCACUCACAAAAUAAAUAUGGUUAUCCACAUGAGAACACACACUGGAGAAAAACCUUUUACUUGCUCAAACUGUUUUAAAAGUUUCACACAAAAGGCAACUUUGGUAUCACAUAUGAGAAAGCACACAGGAGAAAAACCUUUUAGUUGCUCAAGUUGCGGUGCCACAUUUCAUUGGAAGUCCUCUUUGAACAGUCACUUGCAGAGUCACUGAGGCUCAGGGGUGUCAAACCCAUGCUGUGGAGGGCCGAGACGCUGCAGGUUUUCUUUCCAGCCGGUCACUAAAGCAGGUGAUUUUCAUGAACAACAAGGAAGGAGCUCAUCAAUUAAAUCACCUUGAUAAGGAGCUGGUUGGAAGAAAAUCUGCAGUGUCUCGGCCCUCCAUGGCACGAGUUUGACACGUGGUCUGCAGUGUCAUUCAUUCAUUAAUUUUCUACGCUGCAUAAUCCUCGUUAGGGUUGAGAUUAUUAGUUAGAUUAUUAGUAGUUAAGGAGGCCGAUAACAGAUAUUUGGAGCCGAUAUUCAUUUGCAGUAAAACUGUAAAAAUUGACGUCAAAAUGUUGACUAAUAGAAAAACACUUAAAUUCAUUGAACUGCCUUAAGCAUACAGUAUUUAUUUAACCAAACAAAUAGAAAAAUAGCUCCAGAAGAGCGUGGAGUUCCUGGACUCAGAAGCAUCUCUUAGAAGUUGAAUAAAAAGUUAAAUAAAUACUGUAGCUCCCUGAAAUGUUUCCACAGUAAAUAAGGUAACAUUUCUAUAUAGCUUAUCUUUGUUUUAAGUUCAAACGCAACAAAAAGUACAGGGAGCUCAGCAGCAACUCUUGUUAAGUUAAAUAAAAACUGAUAGAUUAGCUCUCUGAAUUUUAUUUCAGCCUUCAUCUUGGCGUACUUCCCUGCAGCAAAACAAGACUGCAUUGAAUUUCUUAGUCUCUCACAAUCACACACACACACAGUCCUACAAUCACGGACUGCUUCCACAUUGGUAUUACCAACAGCAUUGUUUCAAGGGAUUCACAGACAUAUCGCGAGGCACUACGAGCUAGCAAAGCUGCCGCUUGUGUUUACUCUGCUCUUGACGUUACGUUAUUAUAGUAGUCGUGAGCUGUACAGUUUUCAUGUGGCCUGCACGCAAACGCACACUAUUCUCCACAUUGCAUACAUUCUGCUGAGCCUUUAGAGCCAGACCGGCAAACUAAAGUUACGGUACGUUAACCAGCCUCCACCUUGGCGUGUUUCCCUCAAAUAAAACAAGUGAAUUGACUUUUUUCUCGCUCUCUCACAGUCACACACAUGGUUUUACUAUCACAGACUGUUUGACUGUCGACAUUAUCAGCAGCUUUCUUUCAAGUAAUUCACAGACAUGUCAGGAUGUGCUACGAGCUAGCAGAGCUGCCGCUAAUGUUUACUCCCCCUUUGCGGUAUUCUGCUUCUCACUGUAACGUUAGUCGCCGUUGUGAGAUGUGGAGCGCUGGGAUACUUAUUACAAUUUCGAGAGCGUUUUCUGCACUUACCUUCACGUGUGUUUUUGCUCUCGGGACGUUCUCCACACGAGAAAACGUCCCUCUUCGCUCUGGCUCUGCCAUUAACGCGUGCUGCGGCUUGCUUAACCAAUCAGACGGCGCCGUGGUUGGAGCAAUGCUGGAGACAGAAGUCGCAGUCGGCAGGAGAGAGAGAGCGGGAGAGGGGCGUGGCUGCAUCUGAGCCGAAAUAACCCAGUUUCAAAUUGAUUUCUUGAUAUCGGUCCGUCUGAUUUAAAUAACGGCCGGUACCGAUAUACGUGUCAAAAUUCCAAAUAUCAGCCCCGAUGCUGACAAUCAGUCGACCACUAGUCAUGGGGGUAUGCUGGAGCCUAUCUCAGCUGACUGUGAGCGGGAGGCGGGGCGACUGGUCACCAGCCAAUCGCAGGGCUGGAAAGUAGUGAUUUGAUUCCUUUUACUGACUUGAGUUUGUUAUGAGCGAGGACAAGCGGCAUAGAAAAUAGAUGAGUUAGUCACGGGUCACUCAUUGCCCCAUCUAUCUCUGUGCCUGUCAGCUCCAAAUAAAAACCUAAGCCCCCCCCUACUAUAUUUUGUCUGAUGCUGUAUUUUAUUAUCGACACUGAAUGCAACACCUAAUAGUUUUUGAUGUGUCUGACAAGAUCUGAGUGUUGUUUUCCAAUGUGUCCGUUAGAGCAGUGAUCCCCAACCCCCGGGCCGUGGCCGCACAGAAAGAAAACAUAAUUUCCAUUAUUUCAUUUUUUUUAAUGUUUUAUUUUGAAAAGUGGCCGGAUUCUCUCUGUUACAUCCGUCUCACUUGACGCAUGUCCAUUGCGGGUGUGCUAACUUUAUCUCAUGCACAGAUAGACUACUACUGUAUUUUUACCAUUUUUCUUUCACCUCAUAUGUGGUGUAAAUGCUGAUACUAUGUGGGAAUGCAUGAAGGUAAGUUUGAUGACUUAUUGAGUGCUAAUGUGCACAUUUGUCUCAAGUGAAUUCAUGCUAGCACUGCCUUUUAGCACACACGUCAAACAGCCAUGUCAUCAUCUCUCUGGAAACACUCCAGGCUUGAACUGGUGGAUGGGGGGUCGGCAUUCAGAUGUUGUUCAUGUCUUCGUUUUACACAAUACAUCCUAAAUAAGAUACAUUAGAUCGCUAAAAUGUACGAAACCACCCCUUGAUUGAUUGAUUGUUUGACGGAGUAACCAGAAAGUGGGAACAGUCUUCAUGCGGCGUGUGGUGGGGAACGUUUGUUUGCUGGGUUGUGUGGAUUUUUACCACACUUGAGCACUGGAAUUGUAAUCUGAUAUUUUGAAAGAUUGUCAAUAAA